AUGGCCGACCCCCCAUCUUCUGAACCUGAUAGUCAGGCCCAUAUCUUCCAAAUCCUGCAAAGUUUAGGGAUGUCGCGCGACGACCUGGCACGUUGCACCACCGAAAUGCGGCACUUUCUUGCUUCAGAUACUGCGCCUUCUACUCGCGCGUUCUCCAGAGACCGGAGCGUUUCUCAGGAGCCCAGGUCGACAAUGGCCAUGCCUUCGUUGAGGUCUCGCUCGAAUUCGGGCGCCAACGCGUCAUUACCCCGUCCCCACUCCCCAUCACCCGCAACACCGGUGAAGUCCGAAUAUGUAGAGCCUUCUCUUGCGGCGCGCUAUUCCCUGGUUUCUCUUAAUCUGGACGCGGUGAUGGAACGAAAGGAGAAGGAAAGGUCCAAGCAAAUGAGACGGGUGAGAGAGAAACGACGAGUACACCAGCCGUCGCCGUCGCCGGCGAGGUCCAUCAGCUUGGACAGCUUCAUGAACACUCGCGAUCAUGCACGCGUCCCGAGCCCGGAACCGCGCCGUGGUUCUCCAGAAGCGUCAAGACAACUUGAGGAGAGCCAUCAUACGCCUCCUCACCUACGCUAUUAUAGAGUGUACGAGGACCAUCAACCGAUUCAUGGUCAUCCGACUCAGAAUUCCGAGGCGGGAGCGUCAUCCUCAUCCUGUGUCGGAUCUCCCGAGUUGACGCGAAACCGCACGUUUCCAACAUCAUCCCUGCCGCCUGUCACUCCGAAGCGGCAAAGCUCCUACUAUCGGACUACUCUGCCCCAGUCAUCUCCCCAUCGAGACGCAGAAGCGUCUAGUUCUCCCGUUCGUAUCGUCAAUAUUGUGACGUCUCCUGCGCCUAUGGGUUCGCCGCCGGAUGAGUCGGAGUACUCUUCCUUACCAUUCAAACUACCGCCGGGUCCAUACAGCCCUACGAAACCGACCCACUCGUAUGCCGCGCUCAUUGGGCAGGCUAUCCUCGCUUCCCCCGAUCACCGUUUGACUUUGCAGGAGAUAUACGAGUACAUCACCAUAGUUUACCCGCACUUCAAGCGGGGCGGCGGGGAGCAGACGUGGAUGAAUUCUAUCCGCCAUGUUCUCUCUACUACCGCUGUAUUUCGAAAGGUGAGCAGAGAGGUUCGGGAUGACAACGUUCGCGGCGGGGAGGCCGUCGUCGGUAAGACGAAGGGCCGGACUUUGUGGGCAAUUUGGGACGAUGACCUGGAUUGCUUCAAGAAUGGAGGCUUUGACAAGCGUUUCUGCAAAGACAUGGUGAACACCUCUGGCAAGAGCAAGAAGAGAGGUGCGGAGGAUACCUGCGCCAACUCGAAGCACGCCAAACGUGCCAGGCAGCUGGAAUCGGGAUCUGCCAGUACAUCCAGCUCUCGCGCCGAGAUGGCACAUCCGCAAGUCGUGCCGAUUUCUCAUACCAAUCCGCUAUUCCCGCCUGUGCCUAACAGGCACUCGUAUGCGACGCACCAACCAUACUAUCAACAAGUAUACCCGUCUGGCAGACAACACCGGUCUGCCGAAGUCUUUUUCCCUCCACUGCCCGAUUAUUAUCAGCAGAUCCCUUCACACCCUGCCGCACGAUCCGCGGCAAGUUCGUCCUCCAUCUCACGAUCGUCCUCUUACCUCGAUGUGGACGACUCGAGACCUGUCUCUCCCCCGUUGUCCACCACCUCUUCCACUGUGCCCGAACUCGUUUCCCGCAAUGGUACAUCUAGUAGCUCGAGUCCGCCCCUUGAGGAAGAGAGCCAACUGUCACCCGUCCUCGGUCCCCGAGUGGUGGAUGAUGAUGAAGGGAGUGUCAGAUCAUUUAGUGUUGCUCCAAGUGUGGGCAGCUUCUCCGCUCUGGAUGACGGACCGGGUGAUGUGUUUGGGGACUUGGGCCCUAGUAUCAAUCUUCGUGAAACCGACCGGAAGGGUAAAACAGUCCAGAGACUGCCCCCAGUGCCGGAUUCUCCACUCUCGCGGCCCUCUGCUAAGAAAGGCAAGGCCAAGAGCCAGCUUCGUUCAUAUAGCCCGCCCGCAUCCAUCUUCCCUCGUGCGGGGAGUCCCUUGAUACUCCCGCAGACUCCCCCUCGCAAGAAGGGUCCCAGUACAAACAUUCUUCAGUCGUCCCCGCUGCGUACCCCUCUCUCCUCCAAGGGAUUGAGUAUGAGCCCCUCGUUCGAUCUCGCACAUUACAAGACCCAUCUCGAACCUCCCGCGCCACAUCCUCUCCCCGUUUCUGUCAUAGGAGAACAACCGCCGACCAAUGAGGGUACGUCCUCUGAAGCCCGUGCCGAGGACUCGGAGCGGGAGCUGCCGCAUACACCCGAGAAACGUUCGAGUUCGGGUUCGAACUUAGGGGUGCCGUUCUUGUCUGCCACGCCUCAGCGCCUUGUGUUCCCCACCACUCCCAACAGCUCUUCGCCCUUCCGCCUAACAUACGAAGCGACCCUUGAUCCUUAUAAUCCGGCUUCAGUCCUCAAUGAGGAGUUGUCGCGGUUGGGAACGUCGGCGACUUUCGACAGUCCUGUUGGAUUGUAUGGUCGGGCUGCACGAGGACUCCUAUAUGAGAGCCCGGAUGCCGCGAGUCCUGGGCGUUUGACUCGCUACUGGUGA